ACAAGGCGCGCGAAACUCAAAACGCAUAACGUAUAAGAGCGCCUAAAGCCAAAAGCUCGGGAAACAAUAGAGAAGCGUAGAUUGUAGGAUUAUCUCAGAAGGCUGUAGAGCAAUAAAAGCAUGGGUAGACGGAGAAAGCCACGAAGCGCCAAUAAAACCGAGACCGAAGCCGAUCGCAGUAACGCGAAGGUCAGGGGGAAAAACCUGCAAUAAACGCUGUCCGACGGGGCGACGAGGGCAGCGCAUUACAGGAGAGCCAGAUCAACGCGCAGGCUUUGCGAGGGGUCCUUCCGCCACUCCGCCCACCCGAACGUACUCUCCAUCGGGUCAGGGCCCAGAACACCGCCGUGAAGGGUGAGACGGAGGAGAUAUAGCUACCAUAAAUUUUUUGUCAGUGCGAUGGGUCGAUCGUCACAUCAAAAAAUUUUGUUGAAAUAAAUACUUCCUAUCUUAUGGUAAAUUAAUAUCGUCUUUCUCACUAAAUGUUUUAGUAUAUUAUACAGAGGUUGCGGUGGCCAAUCGCGACGAUGCGCGGGAACGCUCUGGGAUUUGAAAUUUGUUUCGCUGAAUUAAUCGUCGUUCUUCUUGUAACAUCGCUUUCGAAUAUUAUAAACAUUUUCAUUUAUUAUAAAUCAGUUUUUGUUAUUUCGUGUAAACUAAAAUUCAUGCUCAAAACGGCCUUUGAAGCCAAUUCUAAGUUGGAAAACAAAAAUUCUCAUUUGCAAAAAUUUCAUCCGCGUCGCAUCCAUCAGGAAAGUCCAUAAACCGCCCUGCGGAUUGGCUCAUAUUUCCCGUACCCAAAGCCGCGUAAUAAAACGCUACACCAAAGCCCGCAGUCGCUCGGUUUCACGCACAUAGCGUAGAGCAUCGCACAGCGCUCGAUCACGGAGUUCCAUCGGCUCCGUUCAUUGUACCUUCGCUCGACGCGCAUAGCGCCCGGAAAAUUUCUAGCCUCGUCUCGGUGUAUUUUCCGUCCGUCUACCUCCCGAAAGAGCCAGUGUAAGUCGUGUCACGCACUAUCCCACCUACAGAGUUUCCAUUUUCCUCCGACCGACGCACGACCACACGCUGUGCGCGUCGAGGUUCUGUCCGCUUAGCUUAGGCUGAUCUACCUAUUCGACCCAUCCAUUGGGCUACGAGAGAGAGAGGAGAGUGCAAGUCAGUGUUGCUGGCCGCGGACUCUCCACAACAACAACAAUAAUAGCUCGACGUUUCUGCAUCAACUGUGGAGGACUUAAAAAAAUGGAUAUCGAAACGGCGAAAAACGAUAAUAACGACAAUUGCUGCAGUCCAUCCUCACACUCGAACCUUCUGUCGAAUUCGAAUUCGACGGAGGCAUCGAAUGAAACAACACCGGGCGAUCAUUCCAGCACCUUGAACAACGAGGAAGACAAUGUUCCUGAAACUGACAAGAAAGAAGAUUUGCGUGAGAAGAUAGAUUUUAAAGUAAUCUAUAACAAGAAGAAGAUUGACAUUACAUUUGCUCUGGACGGUACGGUUGCCGAACUGAAGGGCCAUCUUCAGAACAUCAUAUCCGUGCCGCAGUCUAUGCAAAAAAUUAUGAUUAAAGGCUUAGCCAAAGAUGAUCAGACUCUUAGGAGUUUAGGUGUAACAAAAGAUGCCAAAGUUAUGAUCGUGGGAUCGAAACUAGACGAUGUUUUGGCAGUGUCAAUACCAACAAAGCAGGAAUUAGCAGAGGAAGCAGCAGCUGCUGCCAGCAAAGAGCCUCUGUCGCAACAAAAAUUACAUCGAAAAGUUUUAGACAAAGGAGUUCCAGAGGACGUCAUGCCAGGAAUUUUGGAAACACAGGAACCUUUACCAGACUAUCCAUUAGCUGGUAUGCUGAACAAAACUGGUGGAAAAGUUAGACUGACUUUCAAAUUAGAGCAGGAUCAAUUGUGGAUAGGAACUAAGGAGAGGACAGACAAAAUACCAAUGAUUUCUAUAAAAGAUGUUCAUAGUGAGCCCAUUCAUGAUCACCCGGAAUAUCAUAUUAUGGGCAUACAACUAGGUACAACAGAAGCAUCAAGGUAUUGGAUAUAUUGGGUCCCAUCGCAGUACAUAUCAGCAAUUAAAGACGCUGUCCUCGGGAAGUGGUGUUACUUCUGAUCAAGUGCUGGUGAACAGUUUUUUUCAUUUUCAUUUUCUUUAAUUGAGCGUAAUCAGGUGUGAACAUCGAAACAAACGACUAUGCUAGUCAGGCAUUUUAACAAUAGGUAAAUAACUUAUUAUGCGUCAGGAUUACGCAAAUUAGUCAAGACGCAAACUGUCUAUGCAAAGAAAGUGGACUACUUGUUCAAAUAUAACUAGAUUUUUUAUAUGCAAGUGAAAGUUUCUUUCCUUGUUUAAAUGUCCUUAAUAUCGAUGAAAGUUCUACUUUGCUAAUUCUAAAUAGAACAUUUCAUUGAAAACUGUUGAUUCGUAGCUGCUUUUAUAAACGCAAAUUUUUAAUUUGAUAAAAAUCUAAAAAUUUCUAAGGUGAUAAAAUUAUCAUCUUGCUAAAUCAUCACUAAUUUCAGUGGUUCAACAAGUCUCGUCUAUGAAAUGUCAAUUCAAAUCUCAAAACAAAUAUAUAAAAGUAUAGUUCACUUUACCAACUCGAUACAGGUAAUUUGAACUUUUUUUAAUGCAACAUUCUAUCUAAUCGAGACUAUCGUUUUUACAUACACACUAAAAGAAGAAUUUAAGACUUUCAUUGCGAAUCGCGAUGUAUUCGGUAUUUUGUAUCGAUUUCGAGCAGACGAACUGCUCGCUGGAUUAAUUUUUAAACUCGAUUUUUCGCCAAAAGCUCCUGUCAAAAGUUUUGGCGUGAAAAAGUGCACAAUCGCGCAUGCUUGUUACGAAAUAAAAAGGUGCAUCGUUUCCCGUUCUUUAUUUCAAGAGAUAUUGAAAUAUCGAAGAUCUCCGGCGAUAUUCUUGCGCUGCAUAUAUUAUAUAAGGCGAGAAAGAGUUGUUGCUUUGCAUAUUCUAUGAUAUUCUCUUUUUUUUUUGUCCGACAAAAUCGGUUCUAAAGAGUCCUGCGCUCCGAGUCAGAAAAAGGGUAAAACGAAACAAUGCUUUGUGAUAUAUAAGACGACGAAGAGGGCAGAAUCGUUGCGCACUCGUUGAAUGCAUUGUGUUAUCAUUUAACUCACACUAUUGUAGGGUAACAACGAAUUCUCAUCUCGAAUUAAUGCCAAUAUAUGUAUAUUUGCGCCAAUAAUGAUUUAUGUUCAUGGUUCAUUCGUUGGUUUGACAUGGUAUCACGAGUGGUGAAGUAUAAAUAAACUUAAAUUAUUCGAAAAUGAAUGUGCUGUUAUUAAAAUAUAUUAUAGACUAUGCAUCUUCAAUCAAGCCGCACAAACGUGUAAAAGAGACAAUGAUUGUCUGAGUUGUAUAGUUAUAACACUUUGUAAUGAUAUUUUGUACAAUCUAUUGAGUACAGGAAGAGAAAAGGGUAAAGAUUCACUGAACAACCAAACUCCAAAAAUUAUAUGUUAUUAUAGCGAUUCAAAAUUGUUUGCAUGUCCGAUAUCCAUCACACAGACACUGCGAAAUACGUCCUUCUGAUAUAGGUGACAUUAUGUGUGGGACUGUGCGAUACUCCGCGAAAAUAAAACGAUGAUAUUAGGAACGCAGCUAUUCCUGUGCUGAUUAUACAAGUACCUUAAAUUUUAAUUGUCGAUAAAGAUUAAUUAAUUAAUAUAUGUAUACGCAGAUAUUAUUUCAAGCGAAAACUUCGAAAUGCUCAAUGCAGACAUUCGAGCACAACAGAUUUUAAAAUACGUCUCUAUUUCAAAGGUGCAGGGAAGAAUCAAUCGAUGAUCUCUACAGCAAAAUGACAGAAUUCAUGGUUGAUCCGCCGAAAUCCAUCGAUUCUCCUCCCUACACUUCGAAAUGAGCGAGCGAGUGAUCGAGUCACGCAUCUCCGAAAAAUAGCAUGUAAUUGUUUAAAAAAUUGUGUUGAUUGCAAUAAUUGACUAUAUUCUGUUCACUUAUAAUUGCGAAUUAAAUGAUACGACGUACAUAAGUUAGCGAGUAUAAUUGUUUAAAAUAUUUUUAUGAGACCGAUUGUUUGCACUAUAAAUAAUGCACACCACUUUAUUUACAAGCGAUAUAUUAUAAAACAAAAUUGAAUGUUAUAUGAAUAAAGAUCGAAAGUGAGUAUAAUACACAAAGA